CUUAACAAUUUUAUAUUAAUCGAAAUCGAAAUCAUUUUGACAAAAUAUACAAAAAGUAAAUCUAAUUAUAACGCUAAAGAAAUAAAAUAAAUAUUUAAUAACGUAGAACCCUAGCAUCUAGUAAUUUAUUAACUAAAGUACUUACCACAAAAGCAUCCACAAUAUAUCACGCCAAAAAGUAGACUAUAGCAACCGCAUUUAGCAAAAUCCACAAUUCACCAACCAAUCAAUUAUAAACAAUAAAUCCAUAAAAAGUCCAAUAAAUCAGCAAAAUGCCAUCGUCAACGGGAGUCUUUGUGCUAAUGAUCCUCACCCAGCUGAGUUUGGGCCAGGUGCGCAACGAGGACCAGCUGCUGAUGGUGGGCCAGAACGGCGAUCUCGACACCAGCAAUCCUGCAAUUCACCACCAGCAACACCAACAACACCAACAGCACCAACAACAGCAACACCAGCAGCACCAACAACACCAGCAGCACCAGAGCAAUCACAAUCUGAACACCGGGAGCAUGAACAUGAACAUGAACAGCACGAUACUGAAUACCCUGAUGGGAAGCAAUGCCGGUCAGGUGGUGAACAGUGCCCCGGGUGGCGGCGGAUCCAUGAUCAACCAACUGGGCAGCAGCACAUCGAGUGUGCCCUCGGUGAUUGGAGGCGGCGGCGUGGGGUCCGUGGGCAAUCCCUGGCACUCGGCAGUUGGACUCGGAGUUCCGGGCAACGGCAUGGGGCUACCAUCGAGCCACGGUCUCGGCGGCAACAUGGGCGGCUCCCAUCCGCAUGGACACGCUCUGGCAGGACUGGCCAAGUUGGGCAUCAUAGUGCCCGGCAGCCAAGGAUUACCCGGGAAUCUGGGAUACGGCGGAACCAUGCUCAGUGGUGGCGGAGUUGGAGGUGGUGCCGGAAUGGGCCUAGGAAUCGGCUCCAGCAGUAAUAACAUGGAUAUGCAGCCAGGCAUUUACAACGAACAUUUCAUUUCGGAGCACACGGUGAUGGCCGUGUUCACCUCGCAGGGCCAAGUGGGAGGACCCUGCAGAUACAUGCCGGCCACGCGGCGACAGAACCACCAGUGCCGCAAGGAGACGGGACUGCCGGGAACCCUCAGCGAGGCCCGCCGCCUGGCCACCACCCACUGCGAGGAGCAGUUCCGCUACGACCGCUGGAACUGCUCGAUCGAGACGCGCGGCAAGCGGAACAUCUUCAAGAAGCUCUACAAGGAGACGGCCUUCGUCCACGCGCUCACGGCGGCCGCCAUGACCCACUCGAUAGCCAGGGCCUGCGCCGAGGGCCGGAUGACCAAGUGCAGCUGCGGACCCAAGAAGCACAACCGGGAGGCGCAGGACUUCCAGUGGGGCGGUUGCAACGACAAUCUGAAGCACGGCAAGCGGGUGACCCGCAGCUUCCUGGACUUGCGCGGCGGCGAUGGGGACGAGGUCAGCGAGAUAUUACGACAUGACUCAGAGGUCGGCAUCGAAGCUGUCUCCUCGCAGAUGAUGGACAAGUGCAAGUGCCACGGCGUCUCCGGCUCCUGUUCGAUGAAGACCUGCUGGAAGAAGAUGGCCGACUUCAAUGCCACAGCCACGCUCUUGAGGCAAAAGUACAACGAGGCCAUUCGCAAGGCGCCCAACCAGCGCUCCAUGCGCCAGGUGUCCUCGAGUCGCAUGAAAAAGCCCAAGCAGCGACGCAAGAAACCCCAGCAAUCGCAAUACACGACGCUGUACUAUCUGGAGACCUCGCCCUCCUACUGCGCGGUCACCAAGGAUCGGCAGUGCCUGCAUCCGGACAACUGUGGCACCCUGUGCUGUGGGCGUGGCUACACCACACAGGUGGUGAAGCAGGUGGAGAAGUGCCGCUGCCGGUUCAACAAUGGGCGGUGCUGCCAGCUCAUCUGCGACUACUGCCAGCGGCUGGAGAACAAAUACUUUUGUAAAUAGACGGGGUGCCAUC